GGACUUCUAUCAAAAUCAACUUUGAUCAUGUCGGCCCAAGCCAAACCCCGUUCAGAGAUGACUGCUGAAGAACUCGCUGCAAAGGAGGACGAGGAAUUCAAUGUCGGACCACUCUCCAUCCUCACCAACUCAGUCAAAAACAAUCAUCAAGUUCUCAUCAAUUGCAGAAACAACAAGAAGCUUCUCGGAAGAGUUAAGGCUUUUGACAGACAUUGCAACAUGGUCCUCGAAAAUGUGAAGGAAAUGUGGACUGAAGUGCCAAAGACUGGAAAGGGAAAGAAGAAGGCAAAGUCUGUCGCCAAAGAUCGUUUCAUCUCAAAAAUGUUCCUCCGCGGAGACUCCGUCAUUCUCGUCGUCAAAAACCCACUGGCACAAGCUGAAUAAUUCACCUUCAGAAAAUCUCCCAAUCAGUACGGUUUUCUCGUAUUUGUUAUGACACCUUACAAUUUUCGAAAUUUUCACUCUUGUUCUUCCCCCUCCCGUUCACCCUGUUGUUUCGUUUCAAUGAUCAUCAUUUUCCACUUUUUAUUUAUUGAUAAACGUUCCUAUUUAAUACCACAGUC